CGUGUAUAAACUAAUUGUUCUUCCGAAUCUGAAGCCGUUGGUGCGUCGGAUGAAUGGCGACUCCGUCGAAUUUCUACAAGAAUCCCUCAUAUGCGUACAACAAGAAAUUAAACCUAAAUUCCGUCCUUCAAAAUCUCAACUCUUACAAUAUUGUCACCGGCAAUACUCCUUCGGAAGAGCCACUCACCACUCCGCAAAGAAAGCGACGGCGUGAGCCGAGGCCGCUGCCGCCGCCGCCUCAGUCAGUUGUCGUUAAAGAAUAUGAUGGCCCCAUGUCCCACCAGGAGUACAUUGAAAAACGGAGGGACGAAGCUAAUGCAUCCCAACCAUACCAACAGUUAACUGCUGAUGUGCUGGAAAAUUCAAGCUCAGCUUUAAAGUUAGUGGGUUACGAGAGCGAUGAAAGUAGUUCUUCUGAUUGUAAAGAGGACCGAGGUACUUCAAAUGUUUCGCAAGAGCCCUCCAAUCCUAGCAGUGAAAUGCAGUACUUUCCAGUUUCUGCUAGCACAGAGGAAGCUGAUCAUAUCAAGACACAAUAUGAACAGAGGUAUCCUGCUCCAGGAGAACCUGUAUGCGUUAUAUGUGGAAAUUAUGGGGAGUACAUAUGCAAUGAGACUGAUGACGAUAUAUGCAGCAUGGAGUGCAAAGCUCAACUUCUUCAGAGGAUUAAGUUCCAAAAGGGCCCCCAAGGUGAGCAACUCCAAGUUGUGCCAUUAUCUACACGUCGAUGUACAUUGGAGGUGCCUGAAUCUGGAGGGGACACAUGGGAUUAUGAUAGGCAUCGCUGGUCAAAGAAGAUAUCUGGGCUUUGCACUUAUGAAUGUUGGAAGUGCAAGAAGCCUGGGCAUCUUCCAGAAGACUGCUUGAUGUUGACAUCUAGUGAAUCCUGUCGAGCAGGCGAGGUUGCUAUGGUACAAAACAGAUCCAAUACAGUAUCCAGAGAUCUUCUUGAUUUGUACAGAAGAUGCCACCAAAUUGGGAAGAAUUUCUUGAACGCAAGGUGUAACACAUGUCGUGGAUCAACCACUUUGGCUGCUUGUCUAGGCUGUAAGAAUAACUUUUGUGAUUGUGCAGGUCAUCUGGCUGAACACAUCACAGAAAAUCCAAUACAUCAACAAUUUUAUUCGUAUAAACUUAACCGUCUGGUUAAAUGUUGUAAGUCAACUUGCCGGGUGACUAGUAUCAAGGAUCUCUUAGCUUGUCAUUAUUGUUUUGAUAAAGCUUUUGACAAGUUCUAUGAUAUGUACUCCGCAACGUGGAAACCUGCUGGACUAUCAAUCAUUGUGAACUCUAUCUGCUGUGAAGAUCACUUUGAGUGGCAUCGGAUGAACUGUUUGAACGCAAAUGUUGAAGAUAACGCCUAUAUUUUAAAGAAUAAAAACGUCAGGGACAAGAAAGGUGCGCAGCUGAGUGAUUUUAUCUUUUGAAGGUGGAAGUCAGUGGAUUUUUGAAUGUAUGGAGAAGAUGAAGGUCCAGUUAUUGUACUGUCUCUUGUAGAGGAUGAGGAAGGGUGACAAUUGAUUAUCAAUCAUGUGUAAUGCACCUUGAGCCUGAGGGAUCGACCGGCCUGUGAUCCAAUGCUCGUCUAUUGUUUAUCAAUAGCAUGUAAAGUGUUUAUACUGCUAAAGUAUAAGGAACUGACCUUAUUACUUUUAUUCUCGAUAAUUAUUCGUAGAUGCAAGAUUUUGAGACAAAUAAACUCUAUGCCUUUCGAUUGCAAUUUGCAGGAAUUAUGUAUUCUAAGACAGUUAAACA